AUGCAAGACAGAACAGUUAUCCUAACCAUGGUAGAUGAAUCCCAUGCAAGGCCAGGAUCUAUGCUUGAAGUUUUUCUACAAAGCUUCAAAUAUGGCCAAGGGACUCAAAGAUUCUUGAAUCACUUAGUUAUCAUAACUAUGGACCUACAAGCUUUUCAGUACUGCAGAUUAUUGCAUCCAUAUUGCAUUCAUCCCUCCACUUUUCAACCUUAUUUUUCCACCAAAAGACCGUCCGUCACAACGCCAGAUCACAGUGUGUUAUUCAAUUGGAGAAGAAAUCAUGUUUUGAUGCAAGUCAUUGAAUUGGGCUAUAACAUAAUUUUCACGGAAACAGAUGUACUGUGGCUUAAAAGUCCAUUGGUGAACUUCUAUCCGCAGUUCGAACUUAGCAUUUCGUGCAAUUUCGUAAGUGAUGGAGAAAGAGUGCAUUCCGUACAAGAAGGCGGGAUCUUCUUCAUGAAAGCAAAUGACGUGACCCUGGGAUUCUUAAAGCACUGGAAACUGACCAAUGUUUUGUAUCCAAACUCAAACCUUGAAGAAUCCAUGUGUGCGACAUUGGAGCUAUAUGACGACCUAGUUGACAUCUACGGCUUUCGUGUUCAUAGAACAGAUACAAACCAUUUUGGUGGAUUUUGUCAGACAUAUAAUGAUAUGUUGGAAGAAGCAUAUACCAUUCAUGCUAACUGCUGUGAUGAUCUCAAAAGCAAAGUUCAUGACCAGAGGAUUGUUCUAGAUGAUUGGAUUCGCUUCAGAAACCGUGUUUCAAAGGACAAUGCAACGGAAAAAAUUGCUUUGAGGUGGCCACAGAAGUGCACAGAACAUACAGCUCGCAAGUUUUCACAAAGAAUUCAUAUUUAA